AUGUGUCUGUCGGUGUGGGUGCUGGACGGCCAUCCGCUCUACGCGCUGCUCCUCGCCUCCAACCGCGACGAGCUCCUCGCCAGGUGCGUCACGUCGUUCCUUCGCCACCGUCGCGCACCGUCGUCCACCGUCGCUGACCGUCGUCCGUUCCCUUGUUCCCGUGUCGCUUCGCCAGACCACCGUACCACCACAUCUGUCUGCCUCCCCUCGCGAACGCCUUAUUUCUCUCUCCCGUGCCCAUCUUUUCUUCCUCCCCUUCCCCCCAACCCCCUCCCGCACCUACUAAUGGCGUCCGAUUGUGCCCCUUCCCCGCUCCCCCAACUCGUCCCCACCUCUCCCGCGCCCAUCCCUUCUUUCCUACCCUUCUUCCCCACCCCAAGCCGCUUCUCCAUCCCCCCCGCCAGGCCCACGGACCCCGCGCACUAUUGGCGCGACGACCCGCGCGUGCUCGCGGGGCGCGACUUGCAGUGCGGGGGUACGUGGCUGGGCGCGAGCACGGGCGGGCGCGUCGCGUUCCUCUCCAACUGCUGGGCUGUCCGAAAUCGCGCCGACGCCAUCAGCCGUGGCGCCCUCAUCUCCGACUUCCUGCAGGGCGCGUGGCGCGCGGAGGGCGCGGAAGGCGCGGAAGGCGCGGAGGGCGCGGAGGGCGCAGGGGGUCCGCGGGAGUACCUGGAGUCCGUGGCGCGGCGCGCGCACCUCUUCAACGGGUUCAACCUCGUUGCUGCUGACGUGGCAUUUGACGAGAGCAGGCACAGCGCGGAUGCGGCUGGGGCGGAGGAGCAUGACCAGGAGCGGAAGCAGGGGCGCGCAAGCACCGAGGGGGGAGGCGUAGAGGGCGCAUGUGGGGGGGAAGCCAGCGGGAGCCCCUCCGCGCAUGUGCGCAUGUACUACCUGACCAACGCCCCGCACCACGACGGGUGUAGCGCAAGCAGAGGCGCGGAUGGGGGUGGGGAGGAGAGGGACGGGGUGGUGGCUUGUGGUGUGAUGCGCGUGGAGAAAGGGUUGCAUGGACUCAGCAAUGCGGCUCUCGACACUCCCUGGAGCAAGGUGGAGCGAGCCAAGGAGCACUUAGCUGAGCUGCUGGCGGAGAGUAACGGGGGCGAGGUGCCAGCAGAGGUGAUUAUAGAGAGAGUGCUCAUGGACUCGUGGCAGCCUGUUCACCCUCACACCAGUGCUGACGUGGCUGAGGCAGAGCACUGCCCUAUGGGGCCGGAGUACGAUCAGAGGCUGACACCUGUCUUUGUCAACUGCGACACUCCCAAGGGGGCGUAUGGCACACGCAGCUGCAUAGUGGUGGCGGUUCACCGCUCUGGGCUGGUCGAGUUCACGGAGAAGUCCAGGAGUGCGGAUGGGCCCACUGAGUGGACCUGGAGAAGAUUCAGUUUUCAUAUUAAUAAUGGAAGCACUGCUCCGUCAUGUAAUGGGAAUGGCUACAAGCGAAAAGCCAACGAGUGA